CGGCCGGAGUGUAGCGGUUUUUGAAACUCAUGAUAAAGGACGGCGCCAUCUAGCAGUGUUGUUUAAAAAGUCGGAAAGAAAGGUGUGCUGGGAUGGGUAAUCUUCUUAAGGUGCUUACCAGGGAAAUUGAAAACUAUCCACAUUUUUUCCUGGAUUUUGAAAAUGCUCAGCCAACUGAUGGGGAAAGGGAAGUGUGGAACCAGGUUAAUGCAGUUUUGCAGGAUUCAGAGAGCAUUCUUUCAGACCUUCAAGCCUAUAAGGGAGCUGGACAAGAGAUAAGAGAUGCUAUACAAAAUCCAAAUGAUAUCCAACUUCAAGAAAAAGCCUGGAAUUCAGUGUGCCCUCUGGUUGUGAGGCUGAAGCGCUUUUAUGAAUUUUCCUUGAGACUUGAGAAAGCUUUGCAGAGUUUGUUGGAGUCCCUGACCUGUCCGCCUUAUACUCCUACACAACAUCUGGAGCGAGAGCAAGCUCUGGCCAAAGAGUUUGCAGAAAUUUUACAUUUCACCUUGCGUUUCGAUGAGCUUAAGAUGAGGAAUCCGGCAAUUCAAAAUGACUUCAGUUACUACAGGCGGACAAUAAGUCGUAACAGGAUAAACAACAUGCAUUUAGACAUUGAGAACGACGUAAACAAUGAAAUGGCCAACAGAAUGUCCCUGUUUUAUGCAGAAGCCACACCAAUGCUGAAGACCUUGAGUAAUGCCACAACAAGCUUUGUGUCUGACAACAAAACGUUACCCAUUGAAAAUACGACAGACUGCUUAAGUACAAUGGCCAGUGUAUGCAAAGUCAUGCUGGAAACACCGGAAUACAGAAGUCGAUUUACCAGUGAAGACACGCUAAUGUUCUGUAUGAGAGUCAUGGUUGGUGUUAUAAUCCUGUAUGACCACGUGCAUCCUGUGGGUGCUUUCUGCAAGACGUCGAAGAUUGAUAUGAAGGGAUGUAUAAAGGUUCUGAAGGAGCAGCCACCUGAUUCCGUGGAAGGGCUGUUAAAUGCUCUCAGGUUUACAACCAAACACCUGAAUGAUGAAUCCACUUCAAAACAGAUCCGAGCUAUGCUUCAGUAAAAUCCUGCGACCGAGGAGGGUUCUUUUACUGACCUCAAAAGAUGUAUAUGUUUACAUAAUUUAAUACAGAUUGAUGUUAAUACUUAUGUGUAUUUACAGUACAUAGCCAUUACCUACAUGUCACUGAAACCUCCACUGUAUUUUUCUCCUUAACCCGACUGAUUCUGCACAACCUGCGCUGACACUCCAUUACUAUGUGACUUGCAAGAUGAACAAUGUCUGUGUAAUUUUUUUUUUUCUUUGUUUUGAUUUCCUUUUUAUCAAAGUGCUUAAACAAUAUUUAAAAAUAUUGUG